CAGGUGAUUACGGAAUGCCACCAGAAAUGCGUUUUAAUUAAUAAAACACAUAAAUUUUGCCGGCGCAACACGAUAUCAUCAUUUAAUUACGCAGGUGUGAAAAGUAUCGCGAAAUUGUUCAACAUGUCUCGUCCAUCAAGAUUAACGCAGCCCAGAUAUUCGUUGCAGAAGCUACGUGUUGUCGAAGGAACGAAAUGGGAACGUCCGUUUCCUAAACCGAAGGCGCACUGGAAGAAGCUUUGCGACGACGAAGAGAAGAAAUGUUUCAGACCGCCGGCUUGUAAUUCCCGUUUGCUGAGACGCGCGUUACCGCUCGAAUCCUACAAUCUCGUCGCGCCGUUGCUGGGCAUGCCGAUCUGGUGGCCGAAGAAAAAAAGAGUCAAGAGCGCGGUCGAGGUCGAGGCCGAAAUAGAAGCGGACGAGGAAAUGGAAGACGAGAUCCCAUUCAGUCUGGUGGUGCAUCCUCCGACGACCAGAGACAUUUCGACGAACGGAGAUGAGCAUAAAGUAGGUCAGGUCAGAUCGAAUCCUUACGCUCUCUUUUUGAGAAAACCGCGACGCAAGGUUGUAACUUGGCGUCCUUUAACGGCGGCCGAUCUCAAAGGCUACGAUCCCGAGGCCACGCUCGAGAUGCGAGCGAGAAACAUUACGGACAGGAUAUGCCGUGACUUCUGUCAGUGGUUGCGCAGUUUAGGCGGCGCCGAGAAAAUUCUCGACGAGGAGGUCCUCCGAGAAAUGUUCGAAAUUGACUUUACGGCCGAGGCGAGCAGAACAAUGCAGAUAUCGAUGAAGGAAAUGCCGAUGGUGCCGAACAAGAUAGCCGAGCUGAGACAAUGUCCCGAAGCGGGCGAGUUCACCAUGACCAGGAAACACCUGCUCAGAGACGCCAAAGCCGAGAGUAAGCCGGCCAAAACAAUGGCGUUUGGUACCUCGAUACCCUGGGAGCAUCAAUUUGUAUCGCCCCGGAAUCGGGUGUGGGAGAGAUGGUUGCGGUGCGAGAACGUGAUGCGGGAUCUAGAGACGAUGGAUGUGGUCUGGAAGGGCAUCACGCAUUUGGACAGCGUGAGGACCUUCGCCAAAUGGCUCCUCGAGCACAAGAAAAUGUCGCUUCCGGACGCGCUGAUGAGCGCGACGACCGAUACCGCGAAACAGGUGAUGAUCGACGACGAGAGGGUGGAAGCGAACGAAACGGCGGUUUUAAAAUCGUAAUCGACGUAAACGGCAGCUUUGUAAUCGAGCGAUCGUCGUCAAUGUAACGAUCGACGACGGGAAAAGGGGCGUAGUGAGAAGAAAUUGUCGAUCGCGACACACUCGAAGCGCUCUCUGGGUUCCGCCAUCGCGCCAAAUACGGCCCGUGUAACCGAUACGACCGCACGAUGACACGACGCAGAACGCCCAUUUCCUGUAUGCGGCGAACGGUUAACCUCCGUAGCCGCCGUUCGACGCUUCAAUCGCGAACAAUUCCCGGCGAAAUUUCGACAAACGUUCAAUUACGAGAUCUAAUUUUCGGCUAAUGAUCGUCGCGUUUCGUUUUCGGCGGCGCGGCGACGUUUCGUACCGCGGAGGCGCGCGUUUAACGCGGAGUGGUAGGAAAAUCAAGUUGCUUUCUCCGCGCCGUGGGGCUCUCGGAAUCAAAAUGUAUGGAUCAUUAAAAGGCGCGCGAACGGUUACCGGGCCAUCAUUCCUGAUUUGGUGUGUAGAUUGGAUUAACAGUCCGAUUUCACGGCGCGAAUUAAUUCAUUGGCAGCCGCGCGGCGUAGCGCAAUCGACUAAUGCCACGUAUUUCGGCUGCAUCAAUUAUCGAUCAUUCAAGCCUCAUUCCACCGAACUCGAUUAAGCGCAGUCGUGUGAUAAUCAUUGUAAUAUUAAUAUAAUGAUAUAUACAUUUGCUCAUCAAUAACGUGGUGUAACAGCUCAUCGGGCAUUGGGAAGAAACGAAAAAAAA